CUUAUACUUGCUGGCCAGGAAUAGUCAGUUGGAAGAGGAGGAAGGAGAGGGAAGGAAGAAAAAGGAGGAGAACUUACACAUGAUGGUCACAACAAGAGAGGAAGAGAGAGGGAGAGCAAAGCAGGAGUGAGAGGAAGAGAGAGAGAAAGAAAGGGAGAGAGAGAGAGUAGAGAGAGAGAGAGAGAGAGAAGGAGAAAGAGGCUGAUCCCACACACAGUGAAGUCUGAGAGAGAGGAUUCCAGUAGUGAAUAGUUUUAGUUGGGACUUCAGUUGUGUGUUCUGUGACUCAUCUACCAGUCUCUGUCUCUGUCUUAAUCACGCGCACUCAGGCUGGGGCACAGAAGCACUGAACACGACCACAACAGGCACAUUACACAACCACUCCAUUGGACCGCUCCACAGGAUUACUACAGUUGGAAGAACAGGUUACUACAGUUGAAAGAACACGGUCUGAAAAUAAUCUUAGCAGAGCUUAUUGAGAUAACUAUAGAAUUGAAAAGUGACAGUGGUGGUUUGACCACAAUCUGAACAUAACAGUUUGAUGGGACCUGGAGGGGAACAAGUGGUAAAAGUGGUUUGAACGCAACAGGAACACUUUCCUCUCUAGGGAGUUGUGGGUUCUGUGGUUUGGCAGGAACAGGACUGUGGGGGCUGUUAUCUGGACAGGGUUGUAGCGUUUGGCACAUCCGAGGGGUGAGUGGGUGAGGAGUUCACACCAUGACUAUUGUUCUGAAGCCACGAUCUCGCUCCACCAGCUCUCUACGGAACACGGAAGGAAUCUGUUUCGAUGUGGACAACGGCACACUCGUCAGGGCGCAGCCCGCUGGACCCCAUGGCCAGCCCGGGGUCUGGGCUCAUACUGCAGGGCAACUUUGUCCACAGUCAGCGGAGAGAGUCCUUCCUCUACCGCUCUGACUCGGACUACGUGUCGCCCAAGUCCAUGUCCAGAACCUCCAUCGCCAGCGACAUUCAUGGCGACGAUAUGAUUGUAACACCAUUUGCACAGGUUCUAGCCAGUCUAAGAACUGUACGGAAUAAUUUCGCUGCAUUAACCAAUUGUACACAAGACAGAGUGUCCAACAAGAGAUCACCCAUGUGUAUUCCACCUCCCAUCACCAAGACCUCAUUCACAGAGGAGGCCUAUCAGAAACUGGCCACUGAGACGCUGGAGGAGCUGGACUGGUGCCUGGACCAGCUGGAGACCUUGCAGACCAGACACUCAGUCGGCGAGAUGGCCUCCAACAAGUUCAAGAGAAUGUUGAACAGGGAGCUCAGCCACCUGUCUGAGAUGAGCCGCUCUGGGAACCAGGUGUCGGAGUUCAUCUCCAGCACCUUCCUGGACAAGCAACACGAGGUGGAGAUGCCAACUCCGCAGACGCAGAAGGAGAAGGAAGACAAGAAGAACAGGCCCAUGUGUCAGAUCAGUGGGGUGAAGAAACUGCAGCACAGCUCCAGCCUCACCAACUCUAACAUACCCCGCUUUGGAGUCAAGAGCGAGACUGAGGACGAACUGGCUAAGGAGCUGGAGGAUGUAAAUAAAUGGGGCCUUAACGUUUUCAAAGUCACUGAGUUCUCUGGGAACAGGCCCCUGACCGUCAUGAUGCACACUAUAUUCCAGGAGAGAGACUUGUUAAAAACGUUCAAAAUUCCACUCGACACCUUUAUAACAUACCUGAUGACCUUAGAAGACCAUUACCAUGGCGACGUGGCCUACCACAACAACAUCCAUGCUGCUGAUGUCACCCAGUCCACUCACGUGCUGCUAUCCACCCCCGCUCUAGAGGCUGUGUUCACCGACCUGGAGAUCCUAGCUGCCAUAUUCGCCAGUGCUAUUCAUGACGUUGACCACCCUGGAGUCUCCAACCAGUUCCUCAUCAACACUAACUCAGAGCUGGCCCUCAUGUACAACGACUCGUCAGUCCUGGAGAACCACCACCUGGCUGUGGGCUUCAAGCUGCUUCAGGAAGAAAACUGUGACAUCUUCCAGAACCUGACCAAAAAACAACGACAAUCACUGCGCAAGAUGGUCAUCGACAUUGUCCUAGCGACUGACAUGUCUAAACACAUGAACCUGCUGGCUGACCUAAAGACCAUGGUGGAGACCAAGAAGGUGACCAGCUCUGGAGUUCUGCUCCUGGAUAACUACUCUGACAGGAUACAGGUACUGCAGAACAUGGUGCACUGUGCGGACCUGAGUAACCCCACUAAGCCCCUGCAGCUGUACCGCCAGUGGACCGACCGCAUCAUGGAAGAGUUCUUCACCCAGGGGGACAGAGAGAGGGAGAGAGGCAUGGAGAUCAGCCCCAUGUGUGACAAACACAACGCCUCUGUUGAGAAAAGCCAGGUAGGCUUCAUAGACUACAUUGUCCACCCUCUAUGGGAGACGUGGGCAGACCUGGUGCACCCUGACGCCCAGGACAUCCUGGACACUCUGGAGGACAACAGGGAGUGGUACCAGAGCACCAUACCCCAGAGCCCCUCACCUACCCUGGACGAGCCUGAGGAUAUCAGCCGCCCCCUUGGAGGGGACAAGUUCCAGUUUGAACUCACCCUGGAGGAGGACGGGGAGUCGGACACGGAGAAGGACAGUGGCAGCCAACCCGAGGAGGAGGAUGAAGAAGAGGAGAAUAGUUGUAGUGACUCAAAAACACUCUGUACGCAGGACUCUGAGUCGACAGAGAUACCACUGGACGAACAGGUGGGGGAGGAUGAGGAAGAGGAGGUGGAAGUGGAAGGAGAAUCCUCUUCAUCGCAACCAUCUGUAGUGGAAGAGGAAGAGGAGGGGGAGGAUGAUGAGAAGAAGGGAGAGGAGAAACCAGCCGAUACAUAGCAGUGUAUGGACGGCAACUAAACUGUUCUUCUUAGUAACCAGAGAUUAUUAUUUAUAGAGUAUUUUGGGGUUUUGUGGAGUGUCUGUCUGUUUUUUAUAUAUAUCUAUCUAUGUUUAUGGUUCCAAAGCGCACGCUGCUCUUCACCCCUUGGUCACUCCUCUCUCCUCAUCCUAUUGGUCAGCUUCUUAGAAUCGCCCACUGGUACUUCUACAAGUUUUUUGCACUCAGGAAAACUCUUUUCCAUUCACAUUUGUACUGAAGUUGUCUGUGUGUUAUUUAACUUUAAAGCCCAGUCCUACUGUGUUGAAGUUACAUUAAGGAUUUUUGAUCAGCCGUUUAGAGUGUGUUUAAUGCUGUGUAUAUACAGUGUAUCUCCUCCUUUCAGCCUUGCCUGACUGACGGCAGUGUUUCUGGGUGUUAUUAAGGGCCGUUCUGCAGAAGUUGCUAUUGUAUAUUUUUUUCUGAGUUCUUUGUACUCCUCAGCAAAGCCAGUGAAGCAAUGUGCUAAGUUGCUGUGUGGUCUGGAUGAAUGAAAGCCCAACAGGACACGUCACCAUGCAGAGAGGAGCUGCAGCACAUGGAGAGAAAUGCAUUGUGGGAAUUUAUCAAGACACUUUUCUGAAGUUGAAGUCUUCCUUGAAAACCUGACUGAAAAAAAGGCUAAGAUCUUACAGCACUAAUGCUAGGUUUGACCUCUAGAGUUUUUGUAUCAUAACGUACGUAUCUUUUUUAGGUUUUACUUUUGCUAUCCUAGGUUUUACUUUUGUUAACAAAAAGAAAAAGAGAAGUGACUUGAAAGUCAAGUGAAAUCUGUUGAUGAGAAUACCUCGUCUGCCACUGCUUUUCUGUGUGUAAAAUGGUAAUUUUCUUGUUAUUGUAUUUGGGUUAGUAUUGGGGAAUAUUUGCACUCCUUUAAAUAUAUCCAACCUGGCCUCAGGGCAAUUCGUAGCAUCUGGGACAGACAUUUGCACCUUCCAUUUAGUAUCAUAUGUUACAUUACAAAUGGAAUAGUGGUUGUACAAUAUUAUACGAAUUGGAGGAUGUGUAGUAUCAUAAGUCUUACCUGGUCGAACAAUAUCAUACAAAUUGUAUUAAGUAAGUUAUCGUAUGUCUUGGAGGAUGUAUAUGUCUUUGUCUGAGACCAGGCUGCUUGUUGCGUUGCAGGAGAAUUUACAUUGCUGGUUAGGAGAAUUGACAACAAAGCAGUGGUUAACUUGAGCAGGAGCUCACCAGUGCUGAGUACCGGCACCCAAAAAGCUUCUACUGCUUGAGCUCCUGUUCAUUUCAUAGAAUAUCAGCUCAAAAGUAUUGUGGAGCUCCUGCACUGAAAUAUAAACCAUACUGGCACCCAAAAUGAGUACCAGAACCUAUUUCAGUCAAGCACUGCGACAAGAAUGUACGUAAAACGUUAGAAGAUCCAGGCUGUAUCACAUCCGGCCGUAAUUGGGAGUCCCAUAGGGCGGCGCACAAUUGGCCCAGCGUCGUCUGGG